AUACGUCGCGACGCAGCUGUCACGGCAGAGAGAGGGCGCCUUAACGACGCCUCCUUCGGUCUUUUUGUGUUUUCAGUCCUUUAAAAUUAAUGCUGGAGCCCCAAAAUGGAUUUUGGCGACUUGUUUGACGAGCGGACGUUCACCUUUUCUGACUUUCAGGAGUUUACGUUUCUGCCUGGACAUGAGCAGUGGUCAGAGAGAGUGAGGAAACGGCUGUAUUAUGGUAUUGAUUCUGACAGCCCGUUGGAUGCUCUAUCAUGUCCCAUGACAGAUAUUGCUGUGGAACUGCUGCAGAAAUCUGCCCCAAGUCCCAUAAGGAAACUCCACAAGAAAUACGCUGCACACGUGGCCAGGGAAGCAUGUAUAUCUCCCUGCGCUAUGAUGUUGGCAUUGAUAUACAUUGAAAGACUGCGACACAGAAAUCCCGAAUACCUGCAACAAAUCUCCUCCUCAGACCUCUUUUUGAUAUCCAUGAUGGUUGCCAGUAAGUAUUUGUAUGAUGAAGGAGAAGAGGAGGAGGUUUUCAACGAUGAAUGGGGCACUGCGGCCAAGCUGGAUGUUCAGACUGUCAACACUUUGGAGAUGAACUUCCUCAAUGCGAUCGACUGGAACCUUUUUACUGAGCCCAGUGACUUCUUGAAAGUCCUCAGUCAGGUGGAAAGCAGCAUCGCAGAGCGACAAGGGAUGAAGCGUGGCUGGUUCACUUACACAGAUCUCUGCGUCCUGUUGGAGCAAACCAAUUGGAGGGAAGCCCUAUCAGCUAUCUACCAGCACUUUACCAAGGUUACCUGUAUCAUGGGUCUCCUGUACUUGACUAGCGUAGCCGGUCUCAUCGCUUCCUCCACCGUGAUCCACCAGCUCAGCCGUCUUCCCAAUACCAGCCGCACAUACUUGGACCCAAUAAAGCACACACCCAUUCAGACACCAGCACUUCUCCCCGAGCUCUUGCCGGACACGCCGCGCCCGACCUCAAACCUCCAUUGCUGCGUCCUGACCAAUGACAGCUUGAAGCCAGAUCAGCAGGGUUCUACCUCUUCGUCCAAUCAGAACAUGGUGCUUUGUCUCUGGAGCUCCAUCAUCUCUGCUCUUUCCUACUCAAACCCCUCGUCGGACAUUCACCCACAAGACUGUUUGGUGUCUGAAGUGAUCUGUCGCAGUCACACGGGCAGUUUCCCACAAUGUGCAAUGGCUCAAAACGGCUCAGCACCUCUUUCCUCACCGUGGUAUGCCCGUCUCACUGCAAUUUGGCUUGGGUUAGCUCCGUUUAGCGAAGGCGCGUUGUUUUCAGACCACCAUCUUGGCUCCAUGCCACCGCUUCAAAGACGCAUAUGUUGCCCUGAGACGACUUUGCCAUUUGGGAAAUCACAAUCUCUUCUCAUGCCCGGCUACGGGAUCAACGAGCAUGCGCAGGAAGCGGGGAUGUGCACGGAGAAGCUCGACCGUAGUGCACACGCACAAAUGGACACUGGCACGCAGGAUGAUUGGCAUGAGGACUAUAUGAUGAACAGUACAGACCCCGAUCCAAAUGCGGAAGCUUAUAUGAACUUCAUGAAGAAACACUGUUGUUAUGAUGCAAUUCCUACCAGCUGCAAACUAGUCAUUUUUGACACCUCACUGCAGGUGAAAAAGGCCUUCUUUGCUUUGGUUGCGAAUGGCCUGAGAGCGGCCCCUUUAUGGGACAACAAUCUGCAGAAAUUUGUGGGUAUGCUGACAAUCACAGAUUUCAUCAAUAUUCUUCAUCGGUAUUACAGGUCACCCAUGGUUCAGAUCUAUGAAUUGGAGGAACACAAGAUUGAGACAUGGAGAGACGUCUAUCUGCAAUAUCACGAUCAAUGCCUCAUCAGUAUCACACCGGAUGCGAGCCUGUUCGAUGCCGUCUACUCUUUACUGAAACACAAAAUCCACAGGCUGCCGGUCAUUGACCCCGAGUCUGGAAAUGUCCUUCACAUACUGACCCAUAAGAGAAUCCUCAAGUUCCUUCAUAUAUUUGGAGCCUCAGUGCCCAAGCCACGCUUCUUGAAGAUGCAAAUUAAAGAUGCAGGAAUAGGAACGUUCACAGAUGUGGCGACCGUCUCGCAGACGGCAACUGUGUACGAUGCGCUGUCUGUGUUUGUUGAGCGACGUGUGUCUGCUCUCCCAGUGGUGGAUGACAAUGGCAAGGUGGUCGCCCUGUAUUCCAGAUUUGACGUGAUUAAUCUCGCAGCGCAGAAAACCUACAAUAACCUGAGCAUGAGCAUGCAGGAGGCCGUGCGGAGGAGACGCUGUUAUGUGGAAGGAGUCAUUAAAUGUUACCCUGAUGAGACGCUGGAAACUGCUAUUGACAGAAUAGUCAAGGCAGAGGUCCAUAGGCUGGUGCUUGUGGACAGAGAUGACGUGGUUCGGGGAAUAAUUUCUCUCUCAGACCUGCUGCAGGCCAUAGUUUUAUCUCCAGCAGGUAUUGAUGCUCUGUUUUCCUAACCUGAGAGGAUAUGUUUUCUCCUGUUACCUCAUCUAACCAGCACUAGUAUCCAGGUAGGCUGUACUCUGCCUUCCCGGCCUAGCUUUGCCAACACAUGCACUGCUACUGCGCAAAGUACUAGUCAAACGUUUGGACACACCAACCACACAAUUCAAUUGGGAACUAUAUAUUCUUAAAAAAAAUCAGACCAAAUAAUAAUAACAAUAAUAAAUUGAAAUAAUUUGUCUAAAAAACACAUUCAGUCAGGUGUGUUUAAACAUUUAGCUGGUACUGUAAAUAACCCUUCUGUAUGAUGUGGCUCUAUUAAUAUAUUCAGUAUAAUCAUAGUGUAUAUUACAUCAUCUGAUGACAUGAUGUUAUGUCUUUUGUUAUAUAAAGCUCUAGCACCCUUGAAUGGCAGCCACUCCUAAUACAUUUUGAUCUCCACAAAUGCUGAUGCAUUUUCUCUCUACUUUUAGGUAUUCACAACCAGUGAGCAAUAACUGAAAACGCACAUAUGCAAUACUAAUCAUAGAAAAUAGCUGAUGAAUAGAGUUCUCCUUGCAUGUUUGUGUACGUACGUGACCUGUUUGUGUAUUUGAGUGUUUGAGAAUACACUGGUGGGGUCAGGGACGUGACCCGGGGCCCUUUGUUGUAGUCAUUUAACACCGGUGUGGUUGAAAGCACAACCACUGUCCUGUCCUGGAAUACUACGGUAUUAUCUAGUUCCAAAAGCAUGGUAAGAGUGUAUUCUCUUAUCCUGUUUCAGGUUUUUAAAGCAGAUAAAGUAAGACUGCAAGCAAGAAUGAAGAAAGGAGCCUUUUUUUACAUUACACGUUCAUAUUGUAAAAUGUCAUGUUCAGUUUGGAUUAUGUAGAGUGUAUAAUAUAUUAAGCAACAAAUUUCUCAUUUAACUGAGAGAUUGAUAAUGAGUACUGACAAAGAAAACUCUUGCAUUUGGAGCACAUAGGCUGGGAUUUUGAUCAAAUUGAUCAUCUAGUUUGCCUUCAUGUGCUGUUAUGAAAUGUAUUGUCAGAUUUUCAUGUGUUUGUUUUCUAAUAAACUAUUUCUUGUG